UUUGAAAAAUAUAGUAAAAUUUGGAAAUAUUCAUUUUUUUUUUCUAGCGCGUAUUUAUUUCGUGGUGAUUCUUUCUUGGACGUUCCACCAAUUGCUAGUGAUAAUGCUCAAAGGAUAUAUGUCUAUGAUCCGUAUUGCCCCGUACAUGGAUCGAGAAGACGAGUCAACCGGCGUUUGCACAUGCAUAAUUUAGAAGAAUUUCACUUAGCAAGCAUUGAUCAAGUCGAUAUUUCUAACGAUGCAAUCACUAUGCUCUAUAGUCAAGCUUACGCAGCAAAAGUACUACGAAAACAUAAACGUGCAUUACUUACUGGAAUGGAGAAAUUUAGAAAAGAUAAAACGAGACAUAAAAUUAAAGUAAAUUUAUGGAUAAUAAGCCUUGCAUUUUUAUUUCUAUUCACUGCUUUUCAUGGCCUACAAAAUUUACAAACGUCGAUUAAUGGACGAUUAGGCUCCGAUCAUUUAAGCGUAUUUUAUAUAAGUGUUUCUAUAUCGUCGCUAUUUGUUCCAACGUUCAUGUUGAAUCGUCUUGGAUGUAAAAUGACUUUAAUAACAUCUGCUGGAAUAUAUAUGAUUUAUAUGCUUUCAAAUUUUUUACCUAAAUAUUAUUCACUUGUGCCUGCUGCUAUACUAACCGGAGCAGCUGGAAGUUGUUUAUGGGCAGCGAAAUGCGCUUAUAUUUUAGAAACAGCCACAAAAUAUGCAGCACUUAAUAUUGAGGCUCCAAAUGUUGUAAUCGUUAGAUUUUUCGGAUAUUUUUUUAUGGUUUUACAUCUUGGCCAAGUUAUUGGCAAUAUUUUAUCAUCUCUUAUCUUAACGACUGGCCUUGGUUAUAAUAAACCCGAAGAUAGAGUAGAAAAGACUUGUGGAUAUUUGUUUCAAGAAAAUUUAUCUUUACUCAGCGAACAAGCAGCAAAGAAUCUUCGCCAACUACCAUCACAUAUAUAUCUUUCAGUAUGCGGUGUUUAUUUUUGUUGUACGGUAAUUGCGUUAAUGAUCAUCAUGUCAUUUUUAAAUUCACUCAGGAAAGACGAAGAAGAAAGAAAAAAAGCACCACUAUUUUCAUUUGAAAUUAUGACAACGAUGCUCAGGAAUCUGACGAAACCGAAACCACUUUUAUUAGUACCAUUAACAAUUUUUAAUGGAAUUGAACAAGCAUUCAUUGUUGGUUUAUUUACGAAGGCAUAUGUUGCUUGUGGCCUCGGAAUUAGCCAAAUUGGCUUCGUUAUGACAUCUUUUGGAGUUGCUGAUGCAAUUUGCAGUCUUGUUUUUGGACCACUUAUGAAAUUAUUCGGUCGUAUGCCUUUAUUCGUCUUUGGUGCAGUUAUAAAUAUGUUAACUAUUAUGACAUUACUUAUAUGGCCAUUAAAUCCCGGCGAUACGGCGUUAUUUUAUGCCAUUGCUGGUGUAUGGGGAAUGGCUGAUGGAGUUUGGAAUACGCAAAUUAAUGUACUAUCGGGAAAAAAUUUGGAGGCAGCAUUUGCAAUUUAUCGCUUUUGGGAGUCUCUCGGUUUCGCCUCAGGCCUUAUGCUUUCCAGAUUCAGCAAUAUUGCUCAAUUUCUUAAUAUAUCAUUCGUCAUUCUACUUGUCGGUAUUUUUGGAUACGCCGGACUCGAAUUUUACGAUGAAAUUUCCGUGAAUUAUUUCAUUUUCAAAAAUUUUAAUUUUAUAAAUUUUAUGCUACGAUAA